GGAGCCUUUCAUCAGCAAGGUCAAAAUAGCUGUAAAUUAUUGUCGUGUCGAAAUAACCGCUAUUCAUUCAUUCAUACCUAAUCUGUUUUAUUUUUUUAUUUUUACAAUGCCUAAGAAAAAACCCGUCCAAGAAGAACAUUUUUUGGUACAUCCAUCCCCUUUUAUGGAGACUUGUUAUUUGUACUUGAAUGCUGCAUUUGCUUAUAUAUUUUUCUUCGUUGGAGACACCAUCGAGUUAAAAUUUUCUUUAAUGUUCGCCGUAUCGUUGAUUUGGGUUUUUCUUUGGUUUAAAUCUGAAGAUUGGGAAAAAAAGCAAUGGCGAGUUGGAAUCCUUAAACACAUGACGCCGGAAGACAUUGAAUGGUGGUGUUCAAUUUUUCGACAUUCACAAUCCAUAUUGAUGGUUAAUGCAGCCUUGAAACUUGGUGAAAUGUUUUUUUGUGAAACCGACUUGGAAAAUAUGCCAAAGACAUGGACUUGCACUUGGUAUUGUUAUUAUAAACCUAUGAUGGGCAUGAUAAUCAUACUGAUAGUAACAAAAGUGAAUUUUAGUAUGAACGAGUAGCACACUUCCAAAACUAAUAAUUAUCUGCACUUUUUUAAAUUUAAUUUAAAUAAUUGCACCUAUUUUUAAGUUUUUUUUGUGUACUUUUAAAUGUUACUUUAUUACUCCAGGUCUGGGCUUUGUAUUUUAAAUAGUUUUGUUAUUUAUAAUUCACAUUCAAAUAGUUAUUAAAAAUAUACAAAAAAUUCAAAUAAAAACUUAAAUAAUAAUAUAAUUGCAAAACGAUUUUCAAUUUCAACUCUUAAUAAUUUACUAUUUAAAUACAAAAACGAACAAUUUAAAAUAGCCGGGUUUUUUGAAAUAGCCGAAUGAAAACUCGUUUAAACAAAAAAAUUAAGAAUUUGAAACGGUAAAUAAAAACCGUUUGAAAUAACCUAUUAUUAAUGUUCAAUAAUUAAUAAAUAUGCCCAGUUUUAAUUAUUCUAUAUUUUCACUUACUUGUAUAUGUAUACUUACUUACUAUAUACGUAUUACUUAUUAACCUUAUUUCAGACUUAGAUAAAGUUCCUUUUGCAUAGCUUGUUUGCAUGGCUUAGACCUGCAAGCACCAUAAAAGACUUUGAACUAGUGAUUUAGUGUCUAGACUAAGUUUAUCAGAACAUCAGUGUGUUAGUACCUACUAAACAGUUUUAAAAUUUGAACUUUAUACAAUUUCUUAUUGUAAAAUUGAUAUUCUCGUUAUGAUAAAACAGGUUAAAAUUUAUAUAACAUAAUCACUAUUAUGCCUAGCCUUUAUUAAAACAUUUUGUGGUUGAAUAAAACAGCUAUCAUUGUAUAAUCUGCAUGUAUUAACUGUAUAAGAAAUUAACAAAUAUGUUUUAACUGUAUUUUGUCGUUUAUCGUUCUAAUAUUAUAUAAAAAUGAUGUAACUGUGUAAAAUCUUA